GACUGCAACAAAACCGAGCCGGCUGCUGCUGCCUUUAGAAAAAAGAUUCGACUGGAACAAAAGUUUUUUUCAGGCACCUAACUGUUAGCAAAACCGGAUUUCUAUCUAGCUGAAGCCACUAUGGAUGCCGUUCGUCUUCCACUUAACCUGGAUAAGAGUAGCAGAUGCUGACGCUCACCAUCCCUCCUGUUCGUUAUUUGCAGGGAAUUGAUUUUCCAAGUGAGCAUGUCUUUUCCAUCAAUUUGCCGAUGGGGCUCGUGGGGUGCUGAAGGGGCGGUUGAACACACCACCACCUUAGAGCGGCAACUGAAUGAAUGCAGCACAGUAUCAAGAAAGCCCCAGGUGUCGUUAUUGGAAAAGGAAAGGCAAUGUGCAUUGAAGCGUGCAGGCACGUGCAUUCAGAUUGAUUUCCACGAGGUUGCUGUUGAGAUUAAUUCUCUAUCUAAUAUAUAUAAAUCUCCUCCGAAGGGAGCUAGUCGAGUAUGCAAAGAAAGGCACAAGCAUAGAUGGGUGCUACGGCCUUCUUCUACCUCUUGUUGUCCCUCUGGGUUCAUGAUGCAACUGGGGCAGCUCUUGGCUUCACAAGAAGUGAUUUUCCACAGGAGUUCGUCUUUGGAGCCGGAACCUCGGCAUAUCAAUAUGAGGGUGCUGUUGCUGAGGAUGGCAGGAGCCCGAGCAGUUGGGACACUUUCACUCACGCAGGAAAAAUACCUGACAAAAGCACGGGAGAUGUUACUGCAGAUGGGUACCACAAAUACAUGGAGGAUGUGAACCUCAUGUCUGAGACAGGCCUAGAGGCUUAUAGGUUCUCCAUCUCCUGGUCAAGACUCAUUCCGAAUGGACGUGGAGCUGUCAAUCCCAAAGGGCUAGAGUACUACAAUAACCUCAUUCAUGAGCUAGUGAAUCAUGGAAUUCAGGUCCAUAUCACACUUCACCAUCUAGAUCUCCCUCGGAUUCUGGAAGAUGAGUAUGGUGGAUGGUUAAGCCCCAGAAUUAUCGAAGAUUUCACAGCAUAUGCAGAUGUUUGCUUCAGGGAGUUUGGAGAUAGGGUUGCAACUUGGACGACGGUGAAUCAGCCAAACAUUGGUAUAGUGGCCUCUUAUGAUAUUGCUAUAUUCCCUCCUGCCCGUUGCUCGGAUCCGUUUGGAGCAACAAAGUGCACCGCCGGGGACUCUAGUGUGGAGCCAUACAUAGCAGCUCAUAAUACCCUUAUGGCGCAUGCAUCGGUGGUCAGUCUGUACAGAAGAAAAUAUCAAGCCAUGCAAAAAGGAGUUAUUGGCAUAAGUAUUUACUCUUUCUGGAGUUAUCCAUGGACAAAUUCCACUGUGGAUUUAGAUGCAACUCGGAGAUGUAAAGAUUUCUACUUCGGCUGGAUACUAGAUCCAUUGGUGUUUGGGGACUACCCACAAGUGAUGAAGAAGAAUGUCGGCUCUCGCCUUCCACCCUUCACGGAAGUUCAGUCUGAACUUAUCAAGGGUUCUUUAGAUUUUAUUGGAAUAAAUCAUUACUACUCUCUCUAUGUGAAUGGUCGCCCUUUCAAAACAGGCGUUCGAGACUACUUCGCAGACAUUUCAGUUAGUACAAGGGGUUCUAGGACAGGUCCACCAGCUGGUCAGGGCGCCCCAGCAAAUGUCUCAAGUGAUCCCAAAGGGUUGCAGCUUCAGCUGGAAUACCUGAAAGAAACCUACGGGAACCUUCCCGUCUAUGUCCAAGAGAACGGCAUGGGAUCUGCCGAUGACGGUCUGGAUGACACCGAAAGGGUCAGUUACCUGAGCAGCUACAUGGAAAGCACACUGAACGCGAUAAGGAACGGGGCGAACGUGAGAGGCUACUUAGUGUGGGCGUUCAUGGACGUGUUCGAGCUCCUGUCCGGGUACCAGUCGAGGUACGGGCUGUACCGCGUCGACUUCGCCGACGGAAGCCGGCCGCGGCAGGCCAGGCUCUCGGCUCGCUGGUACUCCGGCUUCCUCAAGCACAACCGAACCACUGCAUUACUAGAAACCAAUGCUCGUGUAACCACUACUGUAUCUUCGUAAUCAUUUUCUUUAGAAAGCCAUCACUUUUCAGAGCAAGUUGAAGAAACGAAACGCUCGAAAUGUACGUGAUGCAUUUCUUUGCUGCUACAUUACAUCGACCCUUGUUACAAAAAACCAUGAGUUCAGAUAAAAAGAAAACAUCAAGGUUACGCCUGCAUGGAUAUUGUCACAUAGCUUUCAGACAACCAUCGAGUU